AUGUCAGGCCAAAAAUUUGAGCCGUCAUUCGCCGACAAGACUGACUUCGUCAAUGCCAAUCGAGGCUUGAUUGAUUCUCUCAAGCCAUGCAUCAUUAAAGCAGCCGAUGGUCGGGUUGUAUGGAAUAAUGAUGAGUACGACUUUCUCAAGGCCGAAUGUCCCGACACGGCGAACCCAAAGCUAUGGAGGCAGAGCCAAUUGACCUCCAUCCAGGGAUUAUUCGAAGUCACGCCGGGGAUAUAUCAAGUACGUGGAUUUGAUCUUUCCAACAUGACUAUCGUGGAAGGUGAAGAGGGGGUGAUUGUCAUUGACCCUCUCACUGCGGUGGAAAGUGCUGCUGCGGCCCUGGCGCUAUAUCGAAAGAAUAGAGGAAACCGGAAGGUGACGGGUAUAAUAUACUCACAUUCCCACAUUGACCAUUACGGGGGGGCAAAGGGAAUUUUACCAGAUGGAACGGAGGAAGUAACUCCUGUGAUCGCACCAGAGGGAUUCAUGGACGAAGCAACGAGUGAAAAUCUUUAUGCUGGAGGGGCAAUGUCUCGAAGAGCUGCCCACAUGUAUGGAACACGUCUACCCAAAGCUGCAGACGGCCAAAUUGGCUGUGGUAUUGGCAUGGGCGUUUCAGGUGGUAUUCGAUCAUUGAUUCCACCAAAUGUUACAAUCUCUGAAACAGGUGACGAACGUUUUAUUGAUGGAGUGCAUAUGAUCUUUCAGAUGGUUCCUGAGGCUGAAGCACCAUCAGAGAUGAACUUUUACUUUCCACAGCACCAAGCUCUCUAUAUUGCAGAAUGCGCAACCCACAAUCUUCACAAUAUAAUUACUCUCCGUGGAGCACAAGUGCGCGAUGCAAAGGCAUGGUCAGGAUACUUGGACGAGUCGCUUGUUCUUUUCGGGCACCAAUCGGAUGUUUUGCUGGCUGGUCAUAACUGGCCUACCUGGGAUCAAAAGAAAAUCAUUGAUAUGAUAUCCGAGCAACGGGAUCUAUACGCCUAUCUCCAUGAUCAAACUAUGCGUAUGAUGAACCGCGGCAUGACGGGCAUCGAAAUCGCAGAGGAAAUUACUCUUCCUCCAUCAUUGCAAAAGUUAUGGCAUACUCAAGGCUUCUAUGGGUCCGUGAGCCACAAUGUGAAAGGAAUCUAUCAGCGAUAUAUGGGCUGGUUCGAUGGAAACGCUGCACAUCUAUGGGAAUAUCCACCCAAAGAAAAUGCUAAACGAUACGUUGCUUGUAUGGGCGGGAUUGACGAGGUCAUUCGUAAAGCUGGAGAAUUCGAGGCAGAAGGUGAUCUGCGAUUUGCUACGACUUUACUGGGCCACGCAGUGUCUUUGGACCCAUCGCAUAAGCAAGCUAAGGCGUCGCUUGCAUCGGUGUUUAGAAAAUUGGGAUAUGGCGCCGAAAAUUCCACUUGGCGGAAUUUCUAUUUGUCAGAAGCGAGUGCUCUUUUGGCCACAAAAAAGCCCCACGUCGGCCGACCGUUGGCGAAUCAACUGAAGCCAAUGCAGAGUAUUGACCAAUGGCUCACUUUGCUUUCCAUCAGUCUCGAUGGCCUCAAAGCUGGUGAUGAAUGUUUUGCGAUCAAAUUCUAUGUCAAAGACAGUCGCCAGUGGUGGAGAAUUAACCUGAGCAAUGGCUCUCUUACGUAUCGAAAUGCCACGAGCAAAGACGAGCUUCAAGAGGAGUCAAAUUUGACUCUAGAACUGAACACGAAUGAGCUUCUAGAUGCUUUGACGGGCGGAGAUCAACAAGAUAAAGUGCACGCAGGUGAUUGGAGUUUGAUUCCAAAGUUAUUGUCGUUGAUAGAGACCUAG